ACUAACAAAAACUUGUUCUCCAAUGGCAUCAUCCCUUCCUCAGUUCUACGCCGAUUUCACAUUUUCCGGCGAGACUUCUUCGCAGUUUCACGGCUCUUCUUCACGUCCUGACGUCUCAGCUCUCUCCAACUACCUCGACGAUUACAGCUCCUUCAACAACUCUUCUAAUCCAGAUUCCAUAUUCUUGCCCCAAUUUCUUGGGAUUUCUGACGUCUCUAUGCCAGAGUACAACAAUGAUUACCAGAAAAUGGGUGUGAAUAAUGCAACACAAUACUUUCAUGGUGGAGAUCAAGAAUACUACGGAUUUUCACCGGAGAUCAAGCCAUUGUUCCGUCCGUUCACUGGAGAGCAACCCUGGGGAAAUAGUGAAGGAGGGAUGAUACAAGCUGAGCCGAACACAAAAGUGGGACGCUAUUCGGUGGAAGAACGUAAAGACAGAAUCAUGAGGUACUUGAAGAAGAAGAACCAACGCAACUUCAAUAAGACCAUCAAGUAUGUGUGUCGUAAAACCCUAGCUGAUCGGCGUGUUCGUGUUCGAGGCCGAUUUGCUCGAAACAAUGACACAUGUGAACAACAAUCUCCCAUGUCUAAGAAUCACAACAACCAUUGUGAAAAAGACGAAGAUAUGUUUUCGGGAUCUGACGACUAUCUAAUCCAGAUGGAAAACGACGACGGAUGGCUUCACGAAGCAAUGUCUGGUCUAAUUCCUUUUUCCUGUGAUUUGGACGCUCCCGGAGAUGCUCAUCAUCCAAACACAUGGAGCUUCUGAUCUUACUAUACCUAUCUCGUUUUCUGCCGCGAAUGAUUUAAUUUAUGUCACUAGCUAGUUAUAAAAUUUGAUCAUUUAGUUUAGUUUAGUUUAACUAAGCAGCUUAUUUAUUUGAUGGUAGAUUCAUCAUAAUGUACUUAAUUAUU